AUGAGCUUUAAUCUAUCCACAACGUACGACCGGGCAUUGCUCCGUCCGCUUGUCUUACCUCCUAAAGACCCCAAUGCCACGAACGAGCCGGCAAACUUGUGUGACGAGUCUCAAUGGCGAGCAUCUACACAUACAUUCCGAGGAACAGAUGACCGCGACGAGACUGCUGCGUGGCCACCAGCCAAGUUCAACGACGACCCGUCCAACAUUCCCGAUGAUGAAGCAUACAACAUCCCAUACCAUGCAAACAGCAAGAAAGCCAACGACGGUAUAUUUAAGCUGUACUCGGACUCAGAGCAGAGCAAGAGAUCGAGUGUCCCACUGCCGAAGCUGGUCGCCAAGCGAUAUAUUCCAGCCAACCAGGCCAAUAACUCUGGACAGGGUAUAACUCUUCUCACGCUUACGGGCAUGGGAGUUCCCAAGGAGAUGUUUGAACCUAUGCUUGAAGACCUACUACCUCGAUUGCGCAAGUCUGGUGUCAAGGUUGAAGAGGUCUGGGCAAUAGACAUGCCACUUAGCGGACAGACAGCUCACAUCAAUCCUGUGGGAUAUCUAUACGCCAAUGAGAAGGAUAUCGUUCGGGAUUUGCUGCUCUUCCUUACGGCUUAUCUCCCAUUACAGCCUGGUGAAGAGCUACCGAAGCAUCUUGAACCUCGCAGACCAACAGCCCAAGCUCAACAGCCUACGCGACAGAAUCUUCAUGUCUUUGCCCACAGUCUCGGUGCCCAAGCUGCUAUUCUAGCAUCCGUCCACGCACCAAACAUCUUCAGCAGUCUCAUGGUUGUCGACCCAGCAAUGAUCCCCGCCGGAAAGAUCAACGACGCCAUGACAAAACUCCCCAAAGAAAUAUUCUGCCUCGGUCUCAAGAAAGACUUCCCCGAUCGCAAAGCCGUUGAAACAGCACUUCGAGAGAAUAAACGUACGCUAAACUGGGAUGAACGCGCUAUCCGCAUGUUCACCCAACACGGUAUAGUCCCCAACGACAAGGGAGGGGUCAAGCUCAUCGCUCAUCCCCGUCUGGACUGGGCUUUAUGGUACGAUAAGCAGACUCCCGCAGAGUGCUAUGAUCGGUUUAAGGACAUAAGUGUCCCGUUGCUUGCUAUUAUGCCAAAGAGGCCUUUUGCUGUGCCGACAAAGAUGUUUGAGGCUGAUGUUAAGAAAUUGAGGGGGAGGGUUGAUGUUCAGUGGGUUGAAGGGACACAUCAGGUUGUUUAUGAGAAGAUGGAUGAAUGUGUUAGGUUUGUGGAAGAGUGGUUGGGUGAUAUUGCUGGUGAGAAGAGAGCUAAGCUGUAG